AUGGCCAAGUGUUUUGGCUUCACUGCUUCCAGAGACUCCUGUUAUCACUAUUCCUUCACUAAGGCGGGCCUCAAAUCCUCCACCACCGAUCUCUGCGAUGGUACCGUCAUGCACUGCUGGGGCCCCAAAAGUCACGUCCCCUCUAAGCCUUCGCUGCUCUUGAUUCACGGCUUCGACGCCAACGCAAUGUGGCAGUUCAACUACUUCAUCCCUCCUUUGAAGUCUAAAUUCAAUCUCUAUGUCCCUGACCUCCUCUUCUUCGGCGAUUCCCACACGACCCGACCCGAGCGGACCGAGGCGUUUCAGGCCCAAUGUGUCAUGGCUCUUAUGGAUGCGCUUAAUGCUAGGAACAUGGAUCUCGUGGGGCUAAGUUACGGUGGUUUUGUCGCCUACAGUAUGGCGGCUCAGUUCAAGGAGCGUGUCGGGCGAGUGGUGCUGGGAUGCGUUGGAGUGUGCUUGGAAGAAAAGGAUAUGGAGGAAGGGAUGUUUCAAGUGAAGACUGUGGAUGAGGCCAUCAGUCUUUUGUUGCCUCAAACUCCCGAGAAAGUUAGACAGUUGAUGCGAUUGUCGUUUCAUAAGCCUCCGCAGACUACUCUGUCUUGUUUUCUGAACGAUUUUAUCGAGGUCAGAUUAAUUCAUUUUACCACCUGAAUUGUCGGUUGUUUUAAAAUUAAUUUCUUGUGUGAUUGGACAAAUAACCUUUUUUAUGAUAGUUUUUAUUAGGCAGAAUACAAUAUCUUGCAUUCAAUUGCAAUUAAUGCCUUGAUGUUAAUUACCGAAAAAUGAAUUUACGUUCAUAUGAAAUAUGAAACUAAGUGACAUG